AUGGCCUCAGCGUCGUCAUCGGGUCCACAAGCAGCAGCAGCAGCAGCAUCCGCCAGCGUCGUGCCCGCGCAGCUCGGCUUCCUCGCCAUCUACAACCCGUCGCUGGGCACCUCCGACGACACCAUCGACGACCAAAUCGUCUACUAUGCCUCCGUCACCACGCAGCAGCAGCAGCAGCAGCAGUCGAGCGGCCACAGCCGCCGGCGUAGGCGAAGGGCCGGCACGCGCGGUCGUCCCACCGAUGCCGUCUCGCAGGAGGAGCGUCAUGAGCGCCUCCGCCAGAUCGGCCUCGCCCAGGGCAUGGUGGGCUUUUCGCGCGGCUUCGCUGACGGCGCCCCCGUCGACGCCAUCGACACGGAGCGCGCCCGCGUCGUCAUGCACGAGCUUGAGCCCGGCUGGUGGAUCGUCGCCAGCGUCGACCUCACCAAGGUCCCCCUGCCGCCGCGUCUGGCCACCAAGUCGUCGCCGUCUUCGUCGUCGGCCCAGUCGCAGUCGUCUUCGGGCUACGAGUACUCCUCGCGGGACAUGAAGCCCGCGGCAUUGCUGCUGCGCGACCUGCUCCGCGCCCACAGCGUCUUUCUCAUGCACCACGCCUCGUCCUUGAGCGCGCUGUUUGUGCACUGCCGCCGCUCCAAGUUUGUUGCCGUCCUAAGCCGCUAUUGGGACCUAUACCUUUCGACCUGGAACGUCAUGCUGCACGGGAAUCCGGCCCGGGACAUGCUCGGCGGCAUCAACCUCGCCGCCUCGGGCGAGCUUGGCAUCGGCGUUGGCGAGGAGGAUCGCGGCAGUGGCGAGCGCGAGGUGCUCGAGGGGCUUGUCGGGAGGAUAGAAGGCCUCGUCGACCUCGUCGUCUCCAAGUUUGGCGACGAGGAGGAGACCGGGGAGGACCAGCACCCCCUUCACCACCAUCAGCACUGGCUCGGGACCGGCCAGGAACCGGCUGUGGAGGACGGAGCCAUCUUCCUUGGCACGGGGGCCUUGUCGAGGAAGUCGCUGCGGGACGUGACGCACUGGAUGGAGGACCUCUACACCUGGGGGGAGCACGCGUACGGCGUCAUAGAGAGCCCGACGUCGGUCCGUCGCGUGAAGGCGAGGAAAGACGCCAAGCGCAAUGACCAUGAGUCCAACACGGACAGGAAACAAACCGUCGUGCAGACGUUGCCGCCGGCCCCAGCUCCGGCCCCGUCACAAUCAGCCCCAUCCAAGGGAGGCGCCGAGGCAGAAGAGGGAAAGCUGGACAAGAUGUUCAGCUACAUGAAGCUCGGCUACGGCUCGUACUGGACACUCCCCGGGGGCGGCUCGAGCGACUCGUCCAGCGUCCAGCCCGCCAAACCAGAUGACGAGGCACAGGCAGCGCAAGCCAAAGACUCCUCUCCGCGGCCUACCCGUCCCAGUCUCCCUCGGCGGACGUCCUCCGCAGAGGCGGCUGGGCACUACCUCAUCGGCCUCAAGGGCGAGAUCGAAGAGGACACCCAGGGCGACCCCGACGCCAGCGCCAACUCGUCCGACUCGGAAUCCGAGCAUAACUCGCGCACCGUCCUUCGCACUCUGCACGUCGAACUUGAGCCCGGGUCCGACGGCGUGCCCUCCGAGGCGACGGUUGUUCGGGACUUUGGCCGCCACAUCGGCGGCAUCCACCACCGCUCGCAGGUUGUCGGGAAUAUGAUGCCCGGGUACAACUCGCACGACCUAAACAAGGCGGAGAAGCUGCGCGUCGUCGUCUACGUCAACCGGCCGUUCGUCUUCGCCUUCCUAUUCCGUCUGCGCACCGACUCUCUCGCCUGGGACUCGCUGUACCGCUCGCUGCACUACCAGCUGGCGCCGCUAAAGAAGUCGCUCGUCACGUCGACCAAGUAUCGACCCGAGCGGCAAGAUGCCAAGGGCUCCCCCGACGGCAUCUACAACCUGGUCUGGGACCCGCCGUCGCUAACGGUUCACUCCACCAUCCCCAACAUCCCGGAGCUGGCGUCGUCGGACGCCUGGUCCCGCGCCGACGCCAUCAACACGCAUCUCCACCUCCUCAACAUCCACGCCGCGACGCGCGCCCGGCCCGGCGACCUGGAGCGCACGCACAAGACCAACCGCGGGUGGUGGAUCGUGUGGACACGCCUGCUCCAGCAGCGCGGCCGGGGUGACGACGCACGCGCCGCCAACCUGUCCACGAUACACGAAUCCUCGCCUGGGGCGUCGGAGGCGGGAGGGAGCAACGCCGGCGAUGAGGAUGACGACGGUGGCGAUGGCGACAACAACGACGGCGGCGGCAAGGGUGACGCAGACGACGUGGCCAAGGAAAUCUUUCUAAUCCGUCGGGCGAGCGACCACGCUGGGCUCCGCGGUGUCGCGACGGGCGCAGGGGGCGGUGCAGAUGGAGCAGGGAAGCUCGCGCAGGGGAUCGGUGUCGAUACGAGGCGCUACGUCGAGGAGCUUCUCAGCCUGUUGUGA